AUGGGGGUGGAAGGCGGGCGCAGCCAUGCGAGGAGCCACGAUAACUUCCUGUCCCCGCCCGGAGCUCACCACAGCUUCCUGCUGCGGGCGGGCAGGCAGGCGCUGAGUGUAGGGAGAGGAGGGGAUCGGGGAAGAACCGUCGGGACCAGGGACCAGAUGGAGACCACCUCUCUGGGCCCUAGCCUCCUCUGGCUCCUCAUCCUACUGUUCCCAGCCCUGCUUGUCACUGCCCUGUGUUUGUGUUGCCGAGACCUCCCUGGCCCCAACUUGGAGGUCCCCCACAGUGAAGGCUCACCUCACCAAAGUGGAUUAGUCAUCCUCAAACGCCCUUACAUUAAUACUACGUAUCCAGGACCCAGCCAGGUAGAGCGGCUCCCUAUCCCGAAUUCUCCACGACCUCCAGGGGUACGAGACCUGGACACCCGCAGUGAGCCCAGCUACGAGAAUGAGGAACCUGAGGAUGCUGAUGAAGAUGAGGAUUACCCCAAUGAAGGCUAUCUUGAGGUUCUACCAGAUAGCUGCCCAAACUCUAUCUCUGCACCUCUGUCCAACUCAGCACCUAACCUGGGUAGUCCUGGCCUUAGGGAUAGUCCAUCUUCUUUGAUGCAUGGAGAUGAUUAUGUGAAUGUCCCAGAGAGUACAGAGGUGUCUCUGGGUGGGAGCUGUGAAUAUGUGAAUGUGCCGGAAGCCCAGGAUGACAGAACACCUUCUGAUAGGACCCCAGUGACUGACCAGGAUGGUGAGGAAGAGGGGCCAGAUUACGAGAACGUACAGGAACAAAAUGGACACUCCUUCACCUGAGGCCCAGUGUCUCUUGGAUAUAGGAAGCAUCAGUGGAACUGCUGACCACCCCUGACCUCUGGUUCCUAUCCUGACACAAUCCUGAGAAUCAACCCUUUAACUUAUUGUCACUUUGAAAAUUCCCCUGCCCCCACCUGGUCCCAAGCAGUCUGCACCUUCUUCUCCUGACAUAACCUGAGAACAACUACCCUCUUUGCUCCUUAGCCUAUAGGCUAUAGUCCUUCCUUAGUGUAUUGAAAUAAAGUCUAAGACUUUCUA